UAAGCUUCUUCCAUCCGUGUGGUCCGAUUAAUGACAGAGCAAGCUGUUGGUGUAAUGACUGUGAAUUCUUCUUCUUAUGAAACAGUGUUGCAGAUUACGAAUGACGACACAAAUUACGAUCACAAUGUCAAAGUGGAGCAUGAGUGUGAGCCCAAGAAGAAGAAGAAGAAGAGCACUAACAUUCUGAAGGUGGCUUUGAUGCUUCUCCGGCAACGCUCUCGGAAGCCGAAUGUUGUUGUUAACAACAGUGCAAUCGUUGAUCAUGUGGGUUCUAAAGGAAUGUGGAAUAGGCUUGUUGGUGCAAUGCGGCCUUUGCAUUUGCAGAGCGAUGAGUCAACCACUGUUCCUUCCUUGCCCGCGGCCAGUACCGAGCCUCCACUGCCCCGCUUGCCUUCCUCCCCUUCCCUUGAUAACUUUGAGGAUGUCAAUUCCUCCUCCUCUUCUGUUGAUGGCAUGAGCAGGUAUGCUUCUGCUGCCAACCUUCAAGAUUUGGACCAAAACGACGGAGAGGACGAAGAAAUAAACAAUGAUAAAGUCAGUUCAAAUGUGGAUGGCGAGGACGAGGACGAGAUGAUCGAUGCCAAAGCAGAGAUGUUCAUAGCUCAAUUCUACGAACAAAUGAAGCUUCAACGCUCUGAAUCUGAUAUUCGCUACAACGAGAUGAUUAAGAGAUCAAUUGGCUAAAAUAUCCAACUAUCCAUAUAAAACAUAAUCUUACUUACUCGAGAAUAAAAUCUAUAACAAGGAUUUGAUUUUAGAAUAAUGAAAAUCCGAAUAAAAAAAAAAAGAAGAGAAAAUUAGUGGUGAAGUAAUAAG